AUUUCAGGCGCAAAUGUUCGAAUACGAUAGAUUGGCACUGGAUGUGCUGAGCCUAUCGCCAAAACAAGAUCAGGCACGACAGUGGAUCUCAUCGUCGGCACAGUUGAUUCCGUCUGAUGACUGCGGAUCAUCAUCCGGUUAUGGCUCACCGGGUCGCACUCCUUUGGCAAGUCCUCAAGGAGCAGAACCUUUUGGAGGACUGUCACUUCCAGUGCACAUUCAACGAGCUUUUUCGGAUGGGAUUGUGAGCGCCGAAGAGACGUCUCCACAUCUCGGAGUAGGCUUAGCGUCGCCGGAUCCGACUAGGCCAAAACUUACGGAGAGCGCAUCUGUUCCUCUUGCGUUAGAGGACGGUUUUAGCAAGGACGAAAUUGCUGGCUUUGAGGAGCUCUUGUGCUCUCCGAAAAAAGCUCCACCGACUAAAUACCAGUGUCAUAUCUGUUAUCGAACUGGCCAUUACAUCUCAGAUUGCCCUAUGCGCUUUAACACACCGUAUGAUGAGCUGACACCAUAUCAAGGUCGAAAGAAAUGCUAUGGAGAAUUCCAGUGUCAACAGUGCAAGCGUAAAUGGACAAGUCAGAAUUCUGUAGCAAAUGAAGCUCAAUCAUGCAUUAAAUGUCAUAUUCCGGUGUUUCCGCACAAACAGCUUCCCGUCGAGAAAGCUGUAGCGAUGGGUCUGAUCAAAGCACAGCACGCGAUUCCUUCGAAAAUCGCGCCCAUCGGCCAUGGUCGCCCACCUGCGAAGUGCUGAAGCAUCGUAGUCAGCUCACCUGAGCAUCUAAUCAACACCAUGUGCAGCUAAAAAUUUUAGUGGUGUUUUGCCGCUCUACACACUGUUUCGUAAAUCUGAAAUUGAGCGAGCUUCUCCCAUCACAAGUCUCCCUAACACCACUGUCUAUCUGUAUAAUUGUGUCCUUUCUGCAGUUUACGAUCAUCCGGUUUUGACCCCUAAGAAUUUUCUUUUUUGUACACAACGUAAAUGGAUACGAUGAUGAUAUGUUUUUUGUACUGUGUUGUAUUUACUAGACGUCUAGUCCUCUAGAGUACCUUACAUCCGUACGAGUUUUGUGUUAUAUUGGCUUUGGAAGCUCUUGUUUUUUAUUGAUUGAUUGAUGAUUGUGUUGUUGUUUAUCUAGGUUGCAGUAGGAUUCCGUUUAUGUAUCCAUAUUGCUGUUCGAAAUGGUCAGUUAUAGCCCGCUCAAAUCGUAUCUGUUUUUGUACUUCGUUGGGAAAAUUCUAUAUUGAUGACGUCAUCGACGCGAUGAUAUGUUAGCACCCAAGAGCUUCCGCCACUGUCAUUCUCUCUCAAACACGUUCAUAAUCGCAGGGCUACGUUUCUGUAUACGGUAGAUAUGACAGCCGCGCGCGAGAUUAUGAAGCUUUCUUUUUUUGUUCACAGUAAUUUUCUAAAUUGUGCUGGAUAGGCUGCGUUCGGAGUUGCCUGUCAUACCUGCGCCGAGCCGGCACCAUGCUUCAGCAGUGCCGAAUCCACUCGGGACCACC